UUUAAGAAAAAAGUGUAAUGAACAACGUACUCGAGAGACAGAGAGCAGCUCAUGAAGACAUUGAACGCCUAGAGCAGGCAAUUGUCGACCAAUUCAUGCAGGAUGCAAAGACUCAUCGAGAACGUCUACACGCCGAACACACAAUGGAUACCUUUUUGACGCGAAUUUCCGAAAAGAGUCACAGACUAUAUGAUCUCUAUGAAGAUCAAGAUGGACUUCGCCAAUCCGAAAUAAAUGCCUUGUCAGGUUCAUCCGAAUUCAGCGAGUUUUAUGAACGCCUUAAAGUCAUUAAAGAACAUCAUCGCAAAUAUCCAAACGAAACUGUCGAACCACCGGAAAUGGAAUUCAUCUAUCUCAAUCAACGCAAAGACGAAAGUGACGAUGACGAACUUGAAAAGAUGUUUUCAGGAGAAGAAGGUCUUGGUAGAUACUUUGACUUUAAUGCAUUACAUGCUCAAUACAUCAACCUCAAGUCGGUCAAAAAGCUCGAUUACCUGCAGUAUCUUUCCGAUUUUGACAACUUUGCCCAAUUGUAUCCAAAAUCCAUUAAAUCCAGCCCAGAAUACAAAGCAUAUCUUGAUUCAAUGGUUGCCUAUUUACGAUCAUUCUUCGAACGUGCAAAGCCAUUGUUUGAUGUGGGAGAGUUAGAAAACCGUGCACGAAAGGAGUUUGAAGAAGCAUGGGAUGAAGGACGAGUUUCUGGCUGGGAGUGGUCAACACAAGAGAAACCUGGAGAAGCCUUGUUCUGCCAGAAACAAUUUACAAAGCAAAGUGUGUUUGAUGGCCACAAGAACGGUAAGAAACACAUCAAGGCACAAGAAAAGCUUGAUGCGGGUGGACCAAAGACCAAGGAAGAUCAGCGCAAGGCCACGGCAUGGAAAGAAACCCUGAUUAUCCGUUAUGCCGAUGCGCUAUCGGACGUCCGUGAGGAAUCCAAGGCCAAUGUGGAGCGCAAGCAGGCCCUGACUGACAAGGAACGUAUCUUGGAGCAGGAGCAGGAAGAAGUCGAGAUUGCCGAGCAGGAGUCAGAUGAGGAAGACGAGGAUCGGAUCUACAACCCGCUCAAGCUUCCCCUGGGCUGGGACGGCAAGCCGAUUCCUUACUGGCUCUACAAACUCCAUGGCCUUGGUGUGGAGUACCCCUGUGAGAUCUGCGGAAACUAUGUCUACAUGGGCCGCAAAGCAUUCGACAAGCAUUUCCAGGAGUGGCGCCAUGCUCAUGGUAUGCGAUGUCUUGGUAUUCCAAACACAAGACACUUUCAUGAAAUCACAAAGAUUGAUGAUGCCUACACACUUUAUGAGAAACUGAAAAAGGAAGGCGUCCAGGAAGACUUCAAGGCAGAGACAAUGGAAGAAUUUGAGGACACUGAAGGCAAUGUAUUUAACAAAAAGACUUAUGAAGAACUGAGACGACAGGGUAUUCUAUAAACCAAAAAAAAAAAGAAAACAACCAAAAAUCACGCACCACAUGCACCAUACAUUUUCCUUUAUUGAACAAAUUUAUAUAUGAAAAUGAACAAAGAAAAAGAAAGGUAUAUAAAAUAAUAUGUUUGUGUGCAAUUGGUGUAAAAAAAAUAAAAAUAAAAUAUAAAAUAUAAAAAAAAGG